AUGCGACGCUUGAAGGGUGCUUUAUUUUUUCUGUAUUCCUGUAUUCAUCUAUUAGCGGCUAAUAAAUUUCAAUUCACAAACACCUCCACAGUCCUGUUGAAUGAGAUCCUUAAAAAGAAGAGCGACUCACUGUCCUGGUUGGCAGAGCUAUGCGAUGACUAUGGACCUCGACAUGUUGGUUCUAAAGGUCUAGAAAAUGCAAUCAACUGGGUCACGGCAUCACUUCGUUCUGACAACUUCAGCGUCCACUCAGAGCCAGUUCCUGGGCUUCCAAAAUGGAUAAGAGGCGACGACAACGCGUACAUAAUCGAACCUCGACUACAUAAACUAAGUAUUCUCGCAAUCGAUGGCUCCCCACCUGGUCAGGUAGAAAGUGAAAUAGUCCUCAUUCGGAACUUAACAGAUCUGAAGACGAAAAAUGUGAGGGGAAGAAUUGUAGUGACCGCACAAAAGUGGACAGGCUACGGAACAACUAUGAAGUUCAGGAAAAUAGCAAGCGAAGCGGCGCAGUACGGUGCUUCCGCCGUUUUAGUGAAGUCGAUCACACCGUUCUCGCUGUAUACACCUCAUACAGGAGCUGGUGCAAGAGGUUCUCCUAUUCCUGCAGCCUGUCUAACAACUGAGGAAGCAGACAUGAUCAUGAGGUGGUUCAACAGAGGAAAGAAGGUUGUGAUUAAACUAAACAUCAAUUCUAGAGAAUCCAAAGAACUGGUUCUCAGCAGGAACAUAGUUUUUGAAAUUCCGGGUACCGUUUCACCUAAAGACGUAGUUCUUCUGUCAGCUCAUACUGAUUCAUGGGACAUCGGUCAAGGAGCCCUGGACGACGGUGGUGGGAUGGCGGCGAUGAGAGCAGCAAUGUUGGCUAUCCAACGACUUGCCAAAGUCGAUCCAUCUUUCAGACCAAAAAGAACGAUCCGUGCCAUAUUCUGGACCGCAGAGGAGCAAGGCCUCCUUGGUGCCUCCUACUACUACAAAAGUCACCUCAUGUGUAAAGAAAGAUUCGUAUUUGCAUCGGAAAGUGAUCAAGGAGCUUUUCGACCUCGAAAUUUCAAUUCGAUAUUGCGAUAUCAAGGUGAUCAGAGGCAUAGAAUGAUUAUAGCAGAAAUUGUCGAUAUUUUGAACGCAAAUGGGAUCCCACUCCGUAUCCAGAACAGUCGUGAUCAGGUGGAUGUGAAAUUUUUUGCGGAUGCGGGAGUUCCGUCCGUAAACUACGAAUCCGAUCGAGGCAAGGACUACUACUUCAACUUCCAUCACAGUAAUGCUGACUAUGUCUCAAUUUUCGAGGAAGACGAUAUCAAGUACACCGCUGGAAUAUUCGCUGUUUUAGCGCAUAACAUCGCUAAUAGAGAUGAUUGGUAA